AUGCCUAUGCAUCUCCUCCCCACCACCACCCAUCCCAUUCCAUCCCGCCCAGAGCCAUCCAAGGGAAGCAAGCUGCGCAUCCAUCUUCGCCUCUUCGAUCUUCGAUCCUCCAUUCUUCUCGGUCGCCGGGUGUCUCCUAUCGGUCGCUUUCCUCGCUUUCCGCCUGCGCGUCCGCUCCAGCCGGGACUUUCGUUUUGCCUGCCGGGAUCUCGCGCCGCUCAUCUCCAGUGCUCCUUGCUUGUCGCCAACAUGGAAAACAUGGUCGCAUCAGGUCGCGCCAGCUAG